AUCAACCAAAAUGAAACUUGGCUGUAUACAUAAUGUUUACAUGAUUUGACUAUUGUAGGCCUGGAGGACACCUGCUGGUUUUUAGAUGUCUACAUCAUGUCUACAUCAUGUCUACAUCAUGUCUACAAAAGUACCUUAUAGCUUUUAUCAUGGAGCUAAUAAUUUUAAUGUUUUAUCAUGUUUCAGAGAUGCACCAGGACAAUCAUCAACAAUUCAGCCAGGACAGAUAGUAAUAUCUGAUUCUGAGGAUCUGGAUCCACCUGAAACAAAUCCAGAAAAAACGCCUUUCUACAGUAAAUACACAGACCUGUAUUCACCAAAUGUUGAGCAAGAGGACGGAGAGCCAGUUGCUGUCAAUGUGAAGAAUUUCCAACACACAGCAAGAGAGGAAACGGACAUUGCAUUAUCUGACAUCGUAGCAAACCUGUCGCUUCCUAUUGAUCAUAAAAAAGUCAGCCGGUUCAACAUCUCAAGGGCUAAUGUUUGGGAUGGGGCAGUCAGAGGUUUCAAGCGUACAACAUAUUCUGAGACCUGUGACAUGCUGGUGAAAUUUACUGAUGAUACUGGUGUUCUGGAAGAGGGAAUUGACACUGGUGGUCCAAGACGAGAGUUUUUAACUCUACUAAUGAAACACCUAAAAGACCAGCCCAUUUUUGAUGGACCAGAAGGACAUCGGUUCUUGGUCUACAAUGCAAAUGCUGUUAGGGAGGAUGAAAACUACCUGGCAGGAAAGAUGAUUGCUGUGUCAGUUGUGCAUGGAGGUCCAGGACCCCAUUUCCUGUCGGAAGAUCUUGUACAUUAUCUUGCAGGCCAGCCUUCAUUCAAAGCAACAAAUAAUUUAAUAACUGAUGAAGAAAUAGGAAAAGCUUUGCAAGAGAUUGAGAAUGCUGCUUCAUUGGAUGCUCUGCGAGAAUGUAUAAUGAGACACAGCACAAUGUUACAGACAGCAGGUUGUCUGAGACAUGUGGCUACUGUGGAUGAAAAGAAAGAAAUCGUGUCAGACUACCUCCAAUGGUAUAUUAUUGACCGCAACUCAUCUGUAAUUGACAGAGACAGUCUUUCAACCCUGGAGUUUUUGACUGCACUACAGCAACACCUUAUUUUGCUGGCCACUGUCCUGUGCCACUCUGAAAGGCGACUCACUGCUUUUAAACUUGAGUGUCUCUUCAAACCUCUCCUCAGUCCUUCGGGGAGUAAUCGAAGACUUAAAGAAAGUCAAACCAUAGCCUACUGGGCAGACUAUCUCCUUGAUUGUGAAGAAAGCCAGGCUGCUGUGUCUGUGGAAGAUGUUUUGAUGUUUGCUACUGGGCUGAUGUCUGCUUCACUUCCCCCAUCUGGCUUGGAACCACUGCCACAAAUAGAGUUCCUCGAUGACUCUGCAUCCAUUUUUAUUGAUCUUUAUUGUGCUCAUUUUUCAUCACUCGUUCCUGAGAAGAAAAAUCGAAUGACUAAAGAUGCAAUUUUUAUUUAUUUUUAUUUUAUAAUUUCCAUAUUUCUAAGAAGCAUAUCAUUGAAGAGUAUGUUCUUACAGUGUAGGUUUAGACUCCCUUGUAUUCAAUCCACUUUCUGUGUCUGCAACACCUUUCAAAGUGACAUAUACCGACUUAAUUUAUACCUUCAUUAGGUGACAUUCUCCACUUCCACACAUACCCUCCCACAGAGUAAACCAUGCACACACACAAACACACACAAAUGGAACCAAUCACUGAGCUCUCCCUCUCACUCACUCACACACACAUACUCCAAAAUCUAUCAAAAGACAUUACAUUAGUUAUCAAUUUUAUCUUAAUAUAAUUGAAUGUGUAAUUGGCCUUGGCCCCUAAUGAUACUAUUUUCCAUAGGCAGGGCCGGUUCUAAGCAUAAGCGACAUAUGCAGUCGCUUAGGGCACCCGACAGCUAGGGGGUCGGGGCCCCAAAUAAAAUUUUGCUUAGGGCCCCCAAAAGGCUAGAGCUGACACUGACCAUAGGCUCCAAUGUUUUGGACUGUUGUCGGAUAUAGGAAAAAUAUGUCUAGGUCAGGGUUCUGAAUUAUCCUACCUCUUAGAUGUUUACCAAGUCUAGGGUUACCCAUGUAUGUGUGAAGUCGCUUUAUGUAUAUGUAACGUUUUGUAUCAUGAUUUUUUUUCCCUUUUCUUCCCUUGCUUAAAACUUCCUUACUUUGCAAAUUUCGCCUAAUGAACUGCAGUUCUUCUAAUUUAAAGUUGCCUUAAAAAUCAAAAUGUUUUUUCCAUUCUCCUAUGUACGUUAUGGCACCCGGGUGAUUAUUGCGCAUGUAUUUUUCAUCUGUGGUUAACGUUUUCUCAUUACAUUGCCCCAUUUUAUAAUACUAUAUUUGCAUUUACUUACCUGGGACGUCCCUUCUAAUUUAAACUUUAAUUCAAUAAAAAGGUUCUUAUCUUGUUUAUAGUGAAUCCUAUCGAAUCCACCAUUUACUGUCUCUCCACGAAAAUCCCUGAUUUCAGCGUUUAGGUUGGUUGGAAAUCCCUGAUUCCCCACCAGGUCCCAGACCUAGACAACGUAUCCCUGACACGUUUUUUAUCUAACCCACAACCGUAGAGAGCGUUUAGGUUGGCUAGAAAUCCCUGAUUUCCCCACCAGGUCCCAGACCUAGACAACGUAUCCCUGACACGUUUUUUAUCUAACCCACAACUACAGUUUCUUAGUGGUUUCCACACGACUCACUACUUUUUUCUAAAAGAUAAACGAAAACCGUUUUUCUGUCUCCCGGUGAGGUCCUGGUUCGACGGGAUCCUUCACUGUCCCUCGGGACGGCCGCGGAUCAACACCUAGGUGGUCCCCCUCCGUGAAGGUCGGCGGGGCUGCCGGCAGGUUUAAUGACCUGUUGUUCCUCCGUCGCCCCGACGGGCAGGUAUCGGAUCCCGGGUUUCGGCACCAGUUAAUGUUGGGUUCAGUUCACCAAACAUCUAUACAGUCUAUUUUGUCUAA